CCGGCCAUGGGGCGGAUGGACUAUUCAGCCCGGAGGAAAGCCGAGGGGGAGGCUCUGAAAUACUUCAUCGAGGAUCCCGGCUCUGGGACGCUUUACAAGAGGGGCCAGCUACUGGGCAAGGGGGCGUUUGGAAGAUGCUUCAAGUUCACGGACACAUCUACCAACAAAGUCUAUGCAGUGAAGGUUGUCUCUCAGUCCCGAGUCUCCAGACUGGACAACAGGGGAAAGGUUGAACGAGAAAUUGAACUGCACAGCCAGCUCAAGCACAGAAACGUUGUGGGGUUCCACCGACAUUUUGCUGACCAGGAAAAUAUCUACAUGGUGCUGGAAUAUUGCAGCCGAAAGUCCUUGGCCCACAUCCUGAAAGCGCGGAAGACACUGACAGAGCCAGAGGUCCGGUUCUACCUGAAGCAGAUCAUCUCUGGCCUGCAGUACAUACACCAACAAGGGAUCAUCCACCGCGACCUCAAACUGAGUAACUUUUUCAUCACAAAAAACAUGCAGGUAAAGAUUGGAGACUUGGGACUGGCAACCCGAGAGGAACAGGCUAACAGAAGGCGGGGUGUGGUCUGCGGAACCCCCAAUUACCUGGCUCCUGAAGUAAUUGCUAAAAAGGGGCACUCGUUCAAGUCGGACAUUUGGGCGCUGGGUUGUAUCAUGUAUACAGCCCUGACUGGCUGCUCCCCAUUUGAGAUCACCCACAAGCAAGAGAUGUAUCAAUGUAUCCGAGAGGGCCGCUAUCCGAUGCCCAGUCACCUUUCUCCCAGCGCCCGGGAGCUGAUUGGGAAGCUGCUGGCUCCUGACCCGGCUGCCAGGCCCAGUUUGGAGGAGGUCCUCAACCAUGUCUUUUUCACCCAGGGUUUCACUCCCGUCAGGCUUUCAUCCCGGGCGUGUCAUUCUGCACCCAUGUUCACUCUUCCCAACCCUCUCAGCAAAUUCUUCCAGAAGGCUGCCAAGAUUUUCUUUCGGGGAUCCCCCUGCCAAGAGUCAAGAACUGUGAGCCCCAUCCCACAGAAAGUAGAAGAGAUCCCCCAGCAAGGAUUGCCGCAAUGCCCAAUGGAGGAGCGCCCCAGCCUGGAAGCAGAAAAAGGGAGCGCAAACCCCGUGGAAGACCCCAGCAGCUUCCCCGUUCAUUUGCUCAUGAAGGGAUCGUUGAACAACAACUGCUCUGAAGGAGAGGGGGAUGCUGAGUGGAGCCAGGGUGGCACCUUGGAGACAGUCGAUCGAGUCCUGAGGGCUUGCCUGAAGACGAUCCCCCAGGCGGCAGAAAAUCCGGAGAACCAGCGACGGUCGGUGCCUGUCCGGAUGGUCACCAAAUGGGUGGAUUAUUCUAACAAAUACGGCUUUGGUUAUCUGCUGUCUGAUGGGUCAACUGGGGUGCUCCUUGCGGAUGGAACGCACAUCGCACUCUAUCCUCAGCACCAGCACAUCUGCUACUGCUCAGAAGUCCAGGAGGUCGUUUCCUUUCCACGGAGAGAGGUGCCCCCAUCCCUGAACACCAAAAUGAGCAUCCUUCAUUUUUUCACCCGAUACAUGCAGCAGCGGCUGCUGGAGGGUGGGCACCAGCCAGCAGAUCCUGCAAGCGCCACAGACGAUGUUUACCUCCUGCAUUUUGCAAAGUCCGACGAAGCCCUGCUGAUGCUUUUCAGCAAUGGGACCCUGCAGGUCAACUUCUACCACGACCACACCAAGAUUGUCCUCAGUCGCCAAGCUGGAGAGUAUCUCUUGACGUUUGUAGACCGCCAACGACGGAGUACUACGUUCCCACUGGACACUCUGAUGCAGGAAGGGUGGACGCUGCCCCUCCGAGAGAGGAUGGAGUACGCCCUGCGCAUGUUACACAGCCUGUAGCAACCCCCAACCCCCACCCCAUGCUCCCAUUCCCGGCUGCCUGAAACAGAUGCAGGGAUGUGAAGAGCCACCUGGGAGAUUCUGCCACACCUGGGACUGCUUGCAGGCUCAUGGGACACAUCCUGCUCUCUUCCACAGCACCUUUUUUCCUCCCAAGAGAGGAAAAAAUUGGCAAUGAGGCUCAAAUACUUGGAACAGGGACUCUCCGGAGUGCUAUUUUAGAGCUGAUGGAUAUAGUCAGUUAUGACGAAUGUAUUGCCGAGCUGUGAAUAUGUAUGGCGACGGCAUGCAUGUCACGGGAACAACCUCAACAUCUGGCCAAGAUCUCUGUGGCUGGAGAGAGGAGUGAUGGAUACAGGGUGAGAAUGUUGCAGAGGCGCAAGGCAACAGUGAAGGGCAGAGAAUGCAGGGGUGGGGGGCUUGUGGAGAAGAGCAUCCGUGGGAGAUCACAAUUAUGGCUCCUCUUUAGGGUAGGAAGAAGAGAUAGAGAACCUACAGCCACUGCAACACCCAUGGGUGUCUCUCCUCAAGCUUACAAAGCUUACAGAUUAUUCCUUCACCCAACUAGCUUCAUUCAACUUCAUCCUGUGAUUGGCAGCUGCUGUCUAAGGGUGGAAAUACAUGUUACUAAGUACUUAGGGAAGCUCAAGUGUGCAUCAUUUCAUGUGUCCCCCUUCCAGCUUCUCAUGCAUGUGCUCUCACAUUCACACUUCAAUUUGCUCCGCCCGUUCUCAGUUCCUCCGUUUCCCCCACCUCACAUCCAUUCACUGAAAUGCAGAUCUUGACACUUUCUCACACCUUAAAGAAAUGCAAAUUGCAAUUCAAAGGAGCCUACAGUACUUGUUCUCACAGCAGAAAACAGAGCUGACUUGGUGCUCUGCCCUCCCGGAAUCACUUGCCGAUGCAGUCACCCAAAGGGAGCUCCUGUGAAAGCGGCAUUCAGGGGCGCAGAGCAAGAACAGCCUGCAUGUGAAUUGAGGGCUAUACAUACAAUCCCAUGGGACUUAGUAAGGUGUAUUUCCACCCCAUGAUCUCAAGCUGAGAAAGGUCUUUCCCAGCAGUUGCUCCUGGAGAGUCCUGGACUGAACUGGGAACACUUUGCAAGCAAAGCAUUUGCCAGACCACCAAGGGAUGGCUCUAAAAGCAGAGGAAUGUUGCUGGAGAUCUGUGUGCGUAUGAAGAAGCCGACGCAGACCCAGAGCUUUGGUCCAUCUUGCUCAAUAUUGACUCUUCAGACUGGCAACGUCUCUCCAGCAUCCCAGGUGUGGAAAGGCCUCUCCCAGCAUCUGCUGUCCUUUACCCCAGGGCCUUCUGCAUGCAAUGCAUCUGCUCUGUCACACCGCUACAACUUCUCCCAAAUUUGCAUGGGUACAUAAAACUGCCUGCUGCAGAGUCAGACCCCUUGGUUCCUUUAAGCCCGUUUGGGUCUACUCUGAGAGGAGCUCUCCAAGGUCUUGGGCAGAGAAAGGGGGCAGGUCCUGAAAAGGAACUGAGAUCCUUUAAAUGGAAGAUGCCGGGGACCGAAGCUGGGACCUAGUGCGUGCAAAGCAGAAACCAUCUUGCCUCCUGAACUUCAAGAUGACAGAUGCUCAAUGCGGAGCAGAAUACCCUUGAAUGGAGGAUCUGAGCAAGGGGCAGCCUUCUGGGUUUUUUUCAGUCAACGCCAUUACAAAGAAGAGAAGCUUUAUGGAGGGGUGGGAGAUUCUCAGGUCUGAACUGGGGCUAGCUUGGAAAGAAGCAGGUGAGGGGGAGAGGCCAUAGGUCUGAGCAUGUGUUCUAGUGGGGAGGGCUUGGAUGGAAUGAGAAAGGUUUUUUUUUUUAAAAGCUGAGGGAACAGGAAUAUUGCAUAGUGAAGGAAGGAAGCUGAAUGUGGCUGGAGGUUAAGUCCUGUGGGCACAGCGCUGGUUGCUGGCAAAGCCAGAAGGGAAAAAAAUGAUGGAGGGAGUGAGAAGAUUCAUUGCAAGCUUAAGGAAGGAGAAAUGCAUGAAUUUAAGGUGAGGGAUGUUCCCGGCAGCCGGGCUCCCAGCAAGGUGUGAGCAGAGCAGGAUUCUGGCUCACGGUGUCGAUGCGCAGCGGGACCUAAGAUGGUGUUGGGCUGACAUUCCCAUGCCACCUGCCCCAAUGCUGCUGCUAUCUUGAUUGUACGAUAUAAAUGCGGUUCGUAAUUAAAGUGAUGAGGACUCGAGACUGGGCUCUCUGCUUUGUCAAUGGCGAGUGAAGAAAAG